AUGGCACGACCCCCUUCGGCGGAUGCCGAUCUUCUGCCCCGCGCAGCCCUGCGCUCGAUGGAGGCACCAAACAGCCCUCAGAUCGAAAUAUGGCAGUCAGCGAUGAACACUGGCGACCGACUGUCGCCGAAAGCACCGGGCUCUUUCGUUCCUGACUUCGCUUUCCAAGGCAUCGAAGUGGAAGUGACGGACGUGCCGGAACAGGUCAUUGAGGGAUUCGGGGGCGCCUUCACGGAAUCGAGUGGUCUGGUCUUCAGGAAGCUGACCGACGCGCAGCAACGCGCCUUUCUGAAAGACUACUUCAGCACGGAGGGUCUCGGCUACGUGAUGGGCCGCACGCAUAUUAACAGCUGCGACUUCUCGGUGGGCAGCUAUUCCUUCGACGAGGUUGCCGGAGACGUGGAUCUGACGGCAUUUGACACCACACUGUCCAGAGACUUGAAGGCGUUGAUACCCCUCAUCUGGGCCGCUCAGAAAGUGGUGAGGGCCGAAGGGCGCGAGAUGAAGAUGUUGGCAUCCCCCUGGAGCCCACCUGCAUGGAUGAAGAAUCUGGCAUUCAAUCCGGGGGCGGGGAUGGACCAUUCCAGCGCACCGUGCUUGAAAGCUGACAUGCACAACGUUUGGGCGCGAUACAUCUCGAAGUGGGUGUCCUCGUACAAGGCAUACGGCAUCCCCAUUUGGGCAGUCACUGUUCAGAACGAGCCCGAGAAUAACGCAACCUGGGAAGCCUGUCUCUUGACAGCUGACGAAGAGGCAGCCUUUGUCGGUCAGCACUUGGGUCCAGUCUUGCAGGCGGAUCAUCCCGAAGUGGAGGUGUUCGGGUUCGAUCACAACAAAGACCACGUUCUCGUCUACGGUCGCACGUUGCUUCAAGACGAGGCUGCGUCCAAAUACCUCUCUGGCAUCGCAUACCAUUGGUAUGCUGGCGAUGGCUUCGACCAGCUGAAGCAGCUCAAGGCCGAGUUUCCGAAGGCCAAGAUGCUGCCCUCCGAGGCUACCUGGGAGGCGUAUCGCUGGACACCAGGAACGAAGCUUUCGCAAGGCGACUGGCACUUCGGUGAAGGCUAUGCGCACGACAUCAUUGGCGACCUCAACUCGGGUGCAAUCGCGUGGGUGGACUGGAACCUCAUUUUGAACGAGACUGGUGGGCCCAACCACGUCAACAACGUUUGUGACGCAGCCAUGCAGGUCAACUUUUCCAGAGGAGAGGUCUACCAUCACCCGCAGUUCUACUACAUAGGUCACUUCUCCAAGUUCCUGACGCCGGGGUCUGUUCAUUUAACGUCAUACACCAGGAGGAGUCCUACAUAUCAAGGUCCACCUCGUCCGUAUGGAACCUGCACGGGGCAGGAUGGGCUUCAAGCAACAGCAGGGCGCACGCCAUCCGGCAAGGUUGUACUGGUCGUGCUCAACUGCGGUGAUGCAGACCUGGAGUUCAAGCUCAAAUACGCAGCUUCGGCGCAGAAGUUUGUGAUUCCGGCUCAUGCCAUUCAGACAUAUCGCUUUGACGCCGAUGUCAGCAAGGUAUCCAUGUGA